AUGGCUCUAGCGCAGCUUUCCAAAAUCGCCCAAAACGCCAUUUCAAAAUACGGCCUCUCCCGCGUCUCCAUCCACCAUAGUAUCUCUUCUGUUCCCCCAAACGAAGCAGGAGUCAUCGUCUCCGUCUCAUCGAAGCACAGGGUCGCUUCGUUUCACGCUACUGCAGAGAUCAUGGAGGAUUUGAAAGCAAAAGUGCCGAUUUGGAAAAAGGAAAUUUACGAAAAUGGAGAAAAAUGGAUCGAAAACUGUGUUGGAUGCAAAAAUGCUGCGAAUAAUCUUCAAAUUGAAUCACAAAUCUUCACUUCUUUCUCUUCCAUUCCAAAAAACCUUAUGCUUAUCCGUGGAAUAAGUCUCCUUCCGCGGAGGACUCUCGUCCUCGGACGCCCCGUUCUUGGACCUAAAAAGAAAAAGAAGGGAGGCGGCGGCGGAGGAGGAAAAGCCGUUGAAGUUAAAGUGCCAGACCCAGAAACGGAUUUUGUAAAGCUUACAACUACCUGUUGCGGAAUCAACAUACACUCUGAAAAUAUCCUGACGAUGUACGAGUGGACCGACGAGCAGAAAAAGACGCUCUUUGACGAGCCCAAGUUGAAACCAGACUCUGAAUAUCCAGAUUGGCUUUGGACAGAAGAUUUCUUGACUGACAUAAAUUCGAUCAAUAUUGAAAGCAUAGAGCCCGGCACGGAUUUAUACUGGAAAAAGUUCGAGGCGCUAGAAAAGCAAUACAACGACCUUUACUUCGCCUGGCACGAGGAAUUCCGAGAGAAUCAACUACCACCGCUUCACGAGUUAGAAUUCAAGAGCCACUUUCCAAAUGUACAAAUCAAGCCGAGAUCAAAGUCUCUCAAGAACAGAAUUAUCAAAUCUGCUCCUUACGCGAAUCAAUGA